AUGCGGGGCUUGUCAAUCUUAGCGGCUGCAUGUACCUUGUCGUGUGCAGCGGCCCAGACCUUCCAACGGCUGGGUGGUUGUCCCGAUCUGGGCUGUGUGUUUCCACCGGAUCAGGCGGAUUUCCUUCCCGGCCAAUUCUUUGAUAUCCGUCUCGAAGUCCACUCUCCUGUCAAUGGCUCCGAGGCACGCGUCGGCGUUCCCGACUCGGACUUCAAAUUUACCAUCACCAAGAAGGGCAGCCAGUCAGUCUCUGCUGCCAAAUACUUCAAGAUCAAGGAGCCCGAGCUUGAAAGGUGGAACUUCACCUGGUAUGAGGGUAUGUAUCUGCUCUUCUCUCUUCUCGCGUCAUCCGCUCGAAAACUGAUAAUUUCCUUCACAGAUCUUUUCGCCAAGGAUGCAAACCAGCCUUCGCUCGUCAAUGUCACUGCCAAGGCCUACCGACGAGUCGCUCUCUACGAGCCGGGCGAGUACGAGGCAACGUUGACAUACUACGGCAAGGAAAAGACCGUGGCGAACUGGCACGUCCGCGACCUGUCAAAGAAGCGCCGCGCGAAGAAUGUCGUUCUAUUCGUCGGCGACGGAAUGACAACCAACAUGAUUACCGCAGCUCGUCUCAUGGCGCAUCGCAGUAUCAAUGGCAAAUACAUGACCAAGAUGGCUUUGGACAAGUUCCCCAUUCUGGGCCACCAGAUGACACACUCCAUGGACUCGUUCAUCACCGACUCCGCCAACUCUGCCACGGCCCUUUACUCGGGCCACAAGACGACCGUCAAUGCGUUGAACGUGUACGUCGACUCGUCCAGCGAUCCCUUCGACGAUCCCAAGUUCGAAAAUAUUGCGGAGAUUUUUGGUCGCCGGUAUCCCGAUGGUGGUGUUGGUAUUGUAUCCACUGCUUUCCUGGCCGAUGCGACACCCGCCGGCCUGGCCGCGCACACUAGCAAUCGUGGCAAAUAUGAUCAUGUUAUCGGCGCUUAUUAUGAGGGUCUUACCGAAUAUGACUGGACAGAGUGGAGCGGUCCGGAUGUAUUGCUCGGCACUGGUGCUGAGAACUUCCUCACUAGUCAAGACAGCCCUCGCGAUUACUAUAACCUCUUCUCUAAGAAGGGAUACAAUGUCGCAUGGAACAAUACCGCGUUGCACGAUGCUCCCAAUGACGAGAAGCUUCUGGGCGUCUUCCAGACCUCCAACCUAUUGACCUGGCUAGACCGCAAUGUCUACACCGGUAACCUUGCCAACCAGAGCAACUACCCUGAUGGCUCGGGUCGGGAUGCCCUUGACCUACCAGGACUCAAGGACAUGACCUUGAAGGCCAUUGAUGUUCUGCACGAGCGUCACGGUGAUGAUGGAUUCUUCCUCAUGUCCGAGGCCGCCAGUAUCGAUAAGCAAAUGCACACUCUCGAUUACGACCGAUCGCUCGGUGAGCUGCUAGAGCUUGACGACACCGUCCGUGCAACCAUUGAGAAGCUCAAAAGCCUCGGUGAACUGGAGGAUACUCUGAUCAUCGUCACUGCCGACCACGGACACGGUUUCGACGUCACUGGCUCUGUCGAUACCACUUACAUGGACGCGCAGAAGGAUGAUCGCAGCAAGCGCAACGCUGUUGGUUACUACCACAACUCAGGCUUGUCGCAGUAUACCGUCGGUGGCGCCCAGUCCCUGCGAUACUCCGAGGGUGUUCAUUUCCCUGCUCGCUGGGAUCCCCGGUAUACACUGCACUCUGGCGUUGUUGCAUUCCCCGACCACCGGGAGAACUACCAGGUGCACAGCGAGGGCGCACGCACCCCUGCGAUCGCGGCCAAGGACAAGAAGGACGGUUACGUCGUCAACUACAAAGAUGCUGUCACUGGGUUCUUGAUUAACGGCACUCUUCCUGUGUCUGCGGACCAGGGUGUCCACUCUUUGACAGACGUGCCGGUCUUUGCACAAGGUCCGUGCCAGGAACUGUUUGGAGGCGUGUACAACUCGAUCGAUAUUUUCUUCAAUAUGGCGGAGUGCUUGGGUCUGGCUGAGACCAAGAAGCACGGUGGACACUAG